AUGCAAAUACAAACUCCUCCACACCGUACACACCAACAUAUCAAGUUCCGACCUUUCGUACAACUGCAUCUUUCAGGAAUAAGACGAAGCCGGGAUAAGAGGCGUCAUCGUUACCGAAGACAUUUUCAAAAUUGCAUCUACUGUCAUCAGAUCGAACUCGUUAUCGACAUUUACCUGAUGAAAAUGGAGAAAUUCAAGUUCUGA